AUGGAUUCGACAGUUCUCUCUAAAGAAACAUUCAUGCAGGGCGGGCCCUGGGAGAUGUCAGAUAUCAUGAAGCUGUCGAACAUACAAGACAUACUUGAAGUCCUAGGGAAAACGAGCAUUCGACUCUUCUUCGAUGAGUAUGUAUCGCUACACCCGUCCCUUGAGCCUAUCGUAGCUAAAGACAUCCUCCCCGAUGUCUUCUCAAUAGUAGGUGAGUCGGAACCGACCUAUACUUCCUUGUAUAGGCGGGCGAACGAUCCUCCGACAAACGCGCAUUGGGCUGAGGGGCUCUUCGCAUACCGUAUGAAGCGAUAUCUGGAGAGUCGGGAGUGCAUGGCCAUCACUUGGAGGUCUCUCGAAUACUAUACUAUUCGCGAUCCUGGUGAAAUUCGGACUAACAAGGCCAUAUUAUUGGAGAGAUACGGGAUUAUUCUUAUAAUCCUCGAGAGGCUUCAAAGGGAACGCUACGAAGCGGCCUUCCCCGAGCCAGAGCCCGAGUCAGAACCUGGUUCCAGGCAGCAAGCCAAUCCACGUCAAGAAACCACGCUUAGCUGGCUCGAUGAAUUCAUUUUGAAAUGGAUUCCUCGAUGUUAA